AUGACCCACUCGUGCUGCUCCUCUUGCUGCCAGCCUACGUGCUGCAGGACCACCUGCUGCCGGACCACCUGCUACACCACCUGCUGCCGGACCACCUGCUGCCAGCCCAGCUGCUGUGGGUGUAGCGGCUGUGGGUCCAGCUGCUGCCAGCCUUGCUGCUGCCCAACUUGCUGUCACACCACCUGCUGCCAGCCUUGCUGCCGCCCAACUUGCUGUCAAACCACCUGCUGCCGGACCACCUGCUGCCAGCCCAGUUGUUGUGGGUCCAGCGGCUGUGGGUCCAGCGGCUGUGGACAAAACUGCUGUGGGUCCCACUGCUGCCAGCCAGUUUGCUGUACCCCUGUGUACUGCACGAGAACCUGCUACCACCCCACCUGCUGCUGCCUGCCUGGGUGCCUAGCCCAGGACUGUGGAUCCAGCCGCUGCUAGCCUGACUACUGCCCAAUAUGCUGUCAGUCCACUUGCUGUAGGACCACAUGCUACACCAUGACCCACUCGUGCUGCUCCUCUUGCUGCCAGCCUACGUGCUGCAGGACCACCUGCUGCCGGACCACCUGCUGCCAGCCCAGCUGCUGUGGGUGUAGCGGCUGUGGACACAACUGCGGUGGGUCUAGUGGCUGUGGGUCCAGCUGCUGCCAGCCUUGCUGCUGCCCAAGUUGCUGUCACACCACCUGCUGCCGGACCACCUGCUGCCAGCCCAGCUGCUGUGGGUCCAGCGGCUGUGGACACAACUGCGGUGGGUCUAGCGGCUGUGGGUCGAGCUGCUGCCAGCCUUGCUGCCGCCCAACUUGCUGUCAAACCACGUGCUGCAGGACCACCUGCUGCCAGCCCAGCUGCUGUGGGUCCAGCGGCUGUGGACAAAACUGCUGUGGGUCCCACUGCUGCCAGCCAGUUUGCUGUACCCCCGUGUACUGCACGAGAACCUGCUACCACCCCACCUGCUGCUGCCUGCCUGGGUGCCUAGCCCAAGGCUGUGGAUCCUGCUGCCAGCCUUCCUGCUGCUGA